AUGACUGUUGAUCCAGCCAAGUCGAUUCCUACAUUUUAUGCUAGACAAAAUAUAAUACUUUUGACAGGUGCAAUACGAUUUUUGGAGUUUGAAUACUUAGGCAUAUCUAACAAUAAGAUCGACUAUUACGCACAAAUGGUGAUGUCCCUCGGACAAGGAGUGCUAUGUGGAAUUAGAUUUAUUUCAAAAAUAAUUGACAAGAUGACUGUUGAUCCAACUAAAUCGAUUCCUGCAUUUUACAAUGGACAAAGUAUACUUUUGACAGGUGCAACAGGAUUUCUAGGUAAAGCUUUUAUCGAAAAGAUAUUGCGAUCUUGUCCAGGUGUUCGUGAAAUAUUUUUGUUAAUGCGGCCGAGAAGAGGAUCAAACAUUAAUGAAAGACUCGAAAAAAUAUUAAAUUUGUCGUUAUACGAAAAACUGCGCAAAGAGCGCCCUUCAAACUUUGAGAAAUUAAUUCCAAUUUCUGGUAAUAUCAGUGAGAAAGAAUUAGGUUUAUCUGUUGAGGACAAACAAAUGCUGGUUGAAAGAGUGACUAUAAUAAUACAUGCAGCGGGGGAUGUAAAAUUAAGUAAUAGUUUGAAGAACGCCAUAUUUGCUAAUACUAGAGCAACAAGAGAUAUCUGUAUUUUAGCGCAAAAUAUGAAGAAUUUAAUUGCAUUGGUGCACGUUAGUACAGCGUUUACACACGUAAAUGAGCCAUUUAUUAGAGAAAAAGCGUAUCCACCUGUAACUGACUGGCAAAAGAUAAUCAAAAUGGCCGAAACUUUGGAUGAGCAUACUUUAAAUAUUUUUACAGCUAAAUUUUUGGAUUACUUUCCCAAUACGUAUAUUUUCUCAAAAAAUUUAGCGGAAAGUAUAAUACAGGAAUAUUCUUCCUCUUUGCCUUGUGCGAUUAUAAGACCUUCCAUUGUGAUGCCAUCAUUAAAAGAACCAAUUCCAGACUGGAUAGAUAACAUUUAUGGUCCAAUAGGACUUAUGAUUGGUGUUGGAAAAGCAUUAAUACGAGUAUGUUGCUUAUCUAAAGCUUGUAUAAACAUAGUAUCCGUAGAUAUUGUCAUCAAAGCAAUAAUAGUCGUAACUUGGAAGUUAGGACUAACCAUGUAUGAUCAUUUUAUUGUUAUUAGCUUUACAGUAAAUUCUACAUUAACUAUUUUAAACUGUACAAGUCAAAAGCAUCUAACACAUCCAGAUGGUGUUAAGUUCUUUCUCAGUAUUAUGACUGAUGAGAUACCUUUGGAAGGAACUGUCUGGACUCCUAAUACAAUAGUGACCGAUAAUUUUAUUCUGUUUUAUAUAUUAACGGUAUUAUUGCACGUUCUGCCAGCUACAUUAAUGGAUUUAAUUUUAAAAUUCUCUGGACGACGACCCGUGUUCUUACGACUGCAAAGACAACUGUAUGAGGCCAAUCUUGCAGUGAGUUAUUUUUCGUUUCAUAACUGGAAAUUCAGUAAUACAAAUUCGUUGGUACUAAUAUCCUCAAUACCAUCUGACGAUAGAGAUACAUUUUCUUUCGAACAUAUUGGUUACGAUAUUAGAGGGUACCUGAAGAAUUGCACAAUUGGUUUCAAAAAGUUUCUUCUUUAUGAAGAUAUGAAUAGACUGGAUACAGUCAGAGCACGUAGUAAAAGGUAA